AUGUCAUCAUCAACCAUCAACAUCUUCGAAAUCAUGGAUCCCAUCAUCCCAAACACCACUUUCCCAUCUUUAGACACUGCUUAUCGAAAUCUCGCAGAUUCACAUGUGUCUAGAAGAGAAUUGGACGAAAAGCAAUCUGAAAAUGGUUCAGAACCGCAACUGAAGACAAUUAAGAAAACUUUUCCAUCGGGAGAAUGGAACUUCAAUCAUUCUACAAUCCAAGAGUCUUAUGCCCAGUUUGUUGCUGCCUUUACAGGACAUGAUGAGAUUGCUAUCUACACCUCAUCUGAUCUAUCUUCAAAUAUCCCAACUACAGACAAUCCACGAGAAUGUGGCAUCAUCCGUGGUCACUUGACAGAAGGAUCUGCAAGUGACGGAGAUAGUCGCCCAUCGAUAUCGUGGGAGUUCAUUCAAGAUAUUCCCCAUUCGACGAAAUCCCUCGAUUUCGCUUUACACAUUACCAAAACUUUAAAUUCUCAUGAUUCGAGAAUACCAUAUGAUAUAAAACCUUUCACAAUCUUCAUUACUGUGGAGGAUGCAUCUAUCAUUGACUUUUCUCUACUAUACGACACAUCUCUACUACCUGGCUCAGAUGCUCCGCAUAUAUUCGACGCAGCUGUUGCUUAUUUACGACGUUCUUCGUCAAUUGAUGAUGGAAAGGUAACGAACGAAUCGAUCCUAAACUUUCCGCCACUGAUUAGGCCACCAUCGUUCAUUGAGGAUCAAGUAAAUUUGAAUCUUCAAGACGAAAAAGCUCUCUUACACUCAGCUUUUGAGCGCCGGGUCGCACAAUAUCCAAACCGAGUUGCGUUGGAUUUCCUGCAAUCUCAGAAUUCAGCCUCGAAACCCACUAUUCGAAGAACUUUCACAUACACACAACUAAAUGAGAUCGCUACAAGUCUGGCUGAGCAUAUCCUAAUAUCACGAGGCCAACAAGAAAUUGGCAGCUCUAGAGUUGUGCCUGUUCUGCUUUCGACUUCCGCCGAACUUUAUAUCGCCUAUUUGGCAAUUUUGAAAGCAGGUCUGGCAUUUUGCCCUCUUCCUAUUGAGGCACCUCCCCAGAGAUUGCAGGACAUUCAUGAAGACAUAAUGCCUCAAAUCAUUCUGGGUUCGGAGCGAUAUCGUCAUAAGCUUUCUGCUGUUUUAUCAGAUUCUUUGAAAUGGAUCGAUGUUGAAUCUUUCAUUUACAUGCGGCUACGUGAUGGCAUAACCGGUCAAAAUCCUCUAUCAUUUCGAGUGCUGGCAAGUUCUGACGAGAACGAUGUGGCAUAUAUAAUGUAUACUUCUGGUUCAACGGGUAAGCCAAAGGGGGUACAAAUAACUCAUCUUGCAGCAGCUUGCUCCAUUGCAUCGCAUGCUAUCACCUCACCAUUGCCACCAUCAUCGGAAGGAAUACCACGAUGGUUUCAAUUUGCGGCACCAACUUUUGACCCUUCGCUAAUGGAGAUAUUCGUGACGUUAUCAACAGGAGCCACACUUUGUUCUGCAUCACGAGACCUUACCUUAACAAAUUUUGAAGCUGUUGUGUCUGAAUUACAGGCAACGGUUAUGAUGGCAACACCUAGUAUGGCAGCUCUUCUCCGUCGUUCCAAGCUUACUUGGCUAAGAAGCCUGUGGACCAUGGGUGAGACUGUUCUGCGGAAGAAUAUUGACGACUUCGCGCGUUUACCUAGUCCAGAGCAGUCAUCUGAACUUUGCAAUGCAUAUGGCCCUACAGAAGCAGCUAUUAACUGCACAUUAAUUCCUAAUUUCCAUCCUGGCGACAGAGGUUCAAUAAUCGGGCCAGCUUUGCCAACAUGCUCACUAUUUGUUUUGGAUACAACCGCAAAUUCUGUCAAACCUGUUCCAAGAGGAUUUUCUGGUGAGCUUGCCAUUGGGGGACCUCAAGUCAGCAUUGGGUACUUGAAUCGACCAGACCAAAACGCGAAAUCAUUUGUGAUCAGUCCUGAAUUUGGGAGGCUGUAUCUUACAGGAGACAAGGCUCGGAUUGUGACUAAUCGUAGAGGUCAAUAUGUCGUGGAGUUCCUCGGGCGUCUGGACACGUCCCAAGUCAAACUCAGUGGCAGAAGAGUUGAUCUGGGCGAAAUUGAUACCGUCGUGUCAAGUUGUAAAGGGAUCAAAGAGGCGGUGACAGUCUCAUAUAAGCGAUUCGCCAAUCAGGCAGGUAGCGAGGAAGCUGUUUGUUUCAUUAUACUUGAAGGGGACAACAUCAAGGAAGAUGUUGAAAUGAGGUGUCGUGAAAAUGCAGCCCGACUUCUUCCAUCAUACAUGUGUCCUUCAAAGUAUUUUGUCUUAUCCGAGAUGCCGAGAUCUUUGGCUGUAGAAUCUGCGGCGGAUUUGGAUUCUAACACUAACUUGUUCUCCCUUGGCAUCGACAGUUUGAAAGCUAUUCGCUUUUUGCAGCUAGCUAGAGAUGCAGGCAUCACAGAGCUCAGUAUUGCUGAUGUACUUGGAGGGCAUUAUAUACACCACUCUGUUCAUCACAUCAACUCAUCGGUUGAUGUUUCCCGACUCAAGCAUUCCUGGAUAACUGCUGUCAGACGACAUGAAUCAUACAGGAUGGUUUUUGUCGCCAUUAAUGACGUAUUAUCGCCGUUCGGACAAUGUGUUCUGAAAGAAUCAUGUACCUUGUCUCUACCAAGCUGGAAGGUAGUAGCUUGUGAAUCCGACGACCCCCAAAUUAUGAAUAAGUUCAUAGAAUCGACAUCACGUGAGGCCGAGGACGAAAUAGUUUUGUAUAGACCACCAUAUCAAAUGACUCUUAUCCAAUCACCUACCAGAACGUUUUUCACUUUCAGCGUUUUCCACGGCAUAUUCGACGGUGCUUCACUACAACUCUUGUUUGAUGAAGUCGACCUGGUAUAUCGUGGGUCGGAGAUGCCCAAAAGAACCGGAAUUUCUACCGCGAUAAAUAUGCACUACGAGUCAGAUGCCACACAAACAGUCGAAUUUUGGUCCUCUCAAUUAAAAGGAUGUGACCCUGUUCCUUUCCCAUCACUUACUGGCUUGAAACCAGAGACAAUGACAAAGCUGCCAUUUACCUCCUCAAUCAAAGCGUCAAUUGGUAUAGAUGACUUGCGUGAUGGUGCCAUGAACUGCUCUACCUCACCAUUGAGUAUUCUCCAGGCGGCUUGGGCAUUGAUUCUUACCACUUAUAAGGAUUCCAUACACAGCUCAACCUUUGGAAGCGUAAUUUCUGGUCGAUUGGACGAAGACUCUAAAGUUUGCAUGGGACCUACUUUUACCACAGUCCCAAUCAAUAUUCCAGCUCAGUUGCUUGAGUCAGAAUCAACCAGCGUUUCCUCGAUAUUGCAUGAAAUAGCCAAGAUCAAUGCAGAGUCCCUAGGCCACCUUCAGAUACCAUUGAACUCUAUUGUGGCACCAAGCGGAGGAUUGUACUACGAUACUCUCCUGGCAUUCCAGGACUUUUCAACCGGUACGAACCAUUCUGAAUUGUGGUCUAAGGUUGACUACCCUGCAAUGGCCAACGAUUUUGCUGUCAUGAUUGAGAUCUGGCCUGAGGUAGAUGGAUCGCUGCGUCUCCGAGCGACGUAUACAGAUGAGUUCCUGCAUGAUGCAUCUGCUACCCUGAUGUUGCAGCAAUUCAGUGAUCUUAUCAGUUUUUUCAUUCAUAAUCCCGAGAAGCCUUACAUAAAUGGUCGAUAUGCCACUGCUCCCUCAAUAUACCCUCAGAUCUUGUCAACCGAAUUGACUGGGCCCAGCGCUCUUUUACAUACCGACUUUGAACGAAACGCAAAAAUGAACCCCGAAGAUGUCGCACUCAUCUUCAUAAAUAAUUUUACAGCUCAAGAUCCUGCAGAGCACGUCAAAUGGACAUUUGCUGAGCUUGAUCGCAAAGCGAACCGACUUGCGUCCUAUCUCGUUCAGAGAUACGGUCCUUUGGAGGACAAAGUUGUCCCCUUUUCUAUAUACAAGUCACCGGAGCUAUACGUGGCUAUUCUUGGCAUUCUCAAAGCUGGUGGUGCUUGGUGUCCAAUUGAUCCAACUUUCCCAGCAUCCCGCAGACAUGACUUGAUUCUUAGGACAGAUGCUAACAUGCUCUUAGUGGCAAAUGAUACUGUGAAUCAAGACGGUCAAGCCAUACCGCAAGGAGUUUCCUUGAUAGACAUAUCGGAGGACAAAGCGACGAAUUCUACUUUCAUUCUCGACGAAACCAAACCAGCAAAUUUACCCAUAAUCAGAAGCAACUCUAUGGCAUACCUGAUAUGGACCAGUGGAACAACAGGUCUACCUAAAGGUGUGCAAGUUCAACAUAGCGCCGCUGCCACAGCUAUGCAAUCAUUAAAGGAAGCCAUACCCGCGAGUCGUUCCGGUGAAGUCCGAUGUCUCCAAUUCUCGCAGCCAACAUUUGACGUCUUCGUUCAAGAUCUUUUCUACACAUGGGGUCUUCGUGGAACAGUCAUUGCAGCAGCCAAAGAUGUAAUGCUUGGUUCUUUUCCUGAUCUCGCCAAUAUGACCAAUGCUACACAUGCCCAUCUCACCCCUGCUUUUGCAACAAUUGUGCCUCGCACGCAUUGUAAAACACUCGAAGUUGUUACAAUGAUUGGCGAAGCCUUACCUCAGCCUGUCGCGGAUGAUUGGUCGCAGAACAUACUUGCGUAUAACACUUAUGGUCCCGCUGAAGUGAGUGUCGUAUCCACAGUCAAGCAAUUCGGCGGUUACGAAAAUUCUUUCAAGAGCACAAAUGUCGGAUUGCCAUUGCCGUCUGUUGGCGUCUUUGUGAUUAAUAAUGACAGAUUUGUGAUGAGGAAUGGAGUUGGUGAACUUGCCCUGUCUGGUCCACAGGUAGCCCGUGGGUAUUGGAAAGACCCGGCCAAAACCGAAGAAAGGUUUCAUUGGAAUGAGAGUUGUGGAGCUCAUAUAUACAUGACUGGAGACAUUGUUCGUCAACUUCACGACGGAAGUCUGGAGUUCGUGGGACGCCGUGAUGACUUGGUUAAGAUCAACGGAAUGCGGGUUGAGUUAAGUGAGAUUAGUUUUGCUCUCAACCAUUGCCAUCCAGAUACGGAACAAGCUGUUACCAUGCUCAUGGCCCGACCAGAUCGCCCGAAAAAAGUUUUGGUGACUUUAUUGUCAGCCCCAAGUAUUUCUGCACAUGACUUACUAAUUACAAAUGAUCGCGCGGUCGAGGUCGCCAAAGCCGCAAUGGCCGUUUCGAAGGCAAAUCUCCCGGAGCAUAUGAUCCCUAGCGUUUUCGUGGUAUUAAAUCGCAUCCCAGUGACAGCUUCCGCCAAGAUUGACCGAAAAGCAUUAUCUGCCGCUUACGAAGCUUUGGACCUUGAGUCAUGGGAAAGCAAUUUCAGCUCAACCCAAGACUCGAAUUGGACAGGUGAGGAGGAACGACUUCUCCAGCAUUUUGCUACAUUUUUAGGAACUGAGAGCAAGACUUUCCGAUCAAACAGUCGACUCGGAACGUUAGGUUUUGACUCAAUUGCUGCAGUUCGUUUUACAGCGAGACUGAAGACUGUCGGCUACAAGGUUUCGGCUGCACACGUAUUGCACUGUCAAACUAUCGCAGAUCUCUGCAAUCUACUCGACAAGCCCGUAUCUAAGUCAAAUUGCCUUGAUACCUCUCACAGAUUAUUUGAUGUAUUCCAUCGCGAAUGGUUCCCAAAAGUUGUGGAAACCUCUGCAAUCCGUGACGAAGCAUUUGUUGUUUGCCCGACAUUGUCACUGCAGGAAAAUCUUCUCAGUGAAACAUUCCGCAAUUACGAAUACUAUUGGAGCAAUCACUUCUUCGACCUCUCUGAUAAUGUCGAUCUUGAGCUUCUGAAGGCUGCUUGGUUUCAGGUGGCUUGUGAUAACGAAGCACUUCGUGUUGGAUUCUUGCCAACGGCAUCUGUGUCCGCUAAAGCAAAUGCCGGCUUUGGUGCAUCAACAUUCCUUCAAUUGAUAUACGAGAAGCCAUCUGUGGACUGGUCUGUCAUUGCAGUUACGAACGAAAAUUUCUCGACAAGCGCAAAGAGUUAUGCACAACAAAUCGCUAGGAAACAUCAAACUAGUGCAUUCAUCAAUUCGCCAUGGGCUGUCGUCGUGUUUGAAAGGGAUGAUGUUAGGACAAUGAUGCUUUCAAUACACCACACUAUUCACGAUGGACCUUCCUUAAAAUUUAUCAUUGAUGAUCUUCAUGAGGCAUAUGUCGCCCAGAAAGGACUACUCAGCAAACGACAUCAAAUACGAGAAGCUAUUGCGAUCUCAUUCAUGAAAAGAACCAGCCCACAAGAAGACAUGGUCUUUUGGAAGAAUACCCUCAAAGACUUUGUUAGUGAAGCAGAUGACAGUGUGGAACAAAUUGCUCAAGGAAACAAAACUCGAACCUACAAUACCAUAUCCAUUCCUCUUUCCGUUCCGAUAUCUAAGCUGCAAACUACAGCUCAAGAAUUCCAAUGCUCAUCUGCUAAUUCUAUCCUCAGAGCUGCUUGGGCUUGCAUUGUGUCGGAUUUCCUCGAAACCGACCAGAAGAUAGUCAUUGGCGAAGUUCUGUCAGAACGUUUGGCAGCCUCUUCCCUUGAGGAUAUCGUCGGACCUCUAGUUUCUCUGACACCAGUUCCAAUUUUCACUUCUGGUACCGCUCGAGAGAUAGUAGUCAAGCAUGAUUCAAUGAACGUCGCUGCAUACAAGCACAGAGACGCCAAUCCGGGAAUGCUUCGUAAGCUCAUUGGGAGACCUAAAAGCCAGCCACUCUAUCCUGCAGUCUUUGUUUUCCAUCCGCGAAGUACCGAGAGCGAACAAAGGCAUGAGUUCUGGACCGAGAUUGAAGAUUUCUUAGGUUUGAAUGUUGAACACGAUCUUACAUUGAAUGUGGAGGAAAACGCAACUGGUGGCUUCGAUCUCGUUGUAUCAGUUGAAUCAGGUGUACUGGAUAUCAGCGGGGUCGAGAUUUUGACCAAGCAAUUAGAUGCUUUGGUCACUGCGAUGAUUUCAUAUCCUGAUACCUCGAUUCGAGAUCUCACCAACUACUUUCCGACCGAGUUGAUCGCUGUCAGCAAAUCUCGCGAAAUGAAAUUAGACCCCAUCGUCGAUUUGAACAAUCCUCUUUGCUGGUUUGAGCACUGGGCAGAGACACAUCCCGACUGGGCAGCUGCCGAAAUUGCGGACUCUAUUAGCCGAAAUUCGAGCAUAAUCCAUACUUGGAGCUACUCGAGAUUAAACCACGAAGCCAACCGAGUUGCUGCAUUUAUCUCUUCUCAUGGAAUUCAUGGUCGCAUGAUCGGUAUGUGUCUGGGUCGCACGCUUGUGGCCUUUGCCGUCACAGUAGGAAUCUUCAAAUCUGGAAACACUUAUCUACCCAUCGAUGAAAGUUUGCCCACUGAUCGAAAGGUAUUUUUGUUGAAAGACAGUGAUGCUGCUAUAUUCUUCUCCGAGGAGUCCGUUGAAUUUGCUCCUGGAGGAUGCCUGGCUGUCAACGUUAAUCACGACCAAUUCCAAACCGACAGAGAUGUCACUCAGAAAGUCGAGAAGAACAAAGACUCAGUCGCUUACCUACUCUAUACUUCUGGAUCAACAGGUAAUCCUAAGGGAGUGCUGAUCAGCUGCGGCAAUCUCACCUCUUUCUGCGAAGCUCAAUCCGAAUUCAUUUGCGAGAACGUACCUACCACUCGUAUUCUUGGUGGAGUUGGGAAAUUCCUCGGACUAGCAAGUAGAGCUUUCGAUGUCCACGUUGCUGAAAUGUUCCUGGCGUGGCGACAUGGUCUCUCUUGUAUUACCGGAAACAAAUCCAUGUUGCUGGACGAUUUGCCUAUGGCUUUACAAGAGCUGAAAGUUACACAUGCUGGCUUUGUACCAUCGCUCCUGGAUCAAUGUGGUUUGAUACCGAGCGAUGUUCCCCUGUUGAAGUAUUUGGGUGUGGGUGGUGAGAAGAUCUCUCAGCGAACACUUGAAACGUGGGGUGACUCGAAUAGUGUUACGUUGAUCAAUGCUUAUGGUCCCACCGAAGCUACAAUUGGUUGUGCCUCCUCUGCGUGUGUCAAUUCGAAAGAAAAUAUGAGGAACGUUGGACGACCUCUGGGAGACACUGUUGCUCAUGUGCUCAUUCCUGGCACUCUCACUUACGCCAAGAGAGGAGUGGAGGGCGAACUUUGCCUGACAGGAAGUCUCGUCGGUAUUGGCUAUCAUAACCGUGAUACUGGCGCAUUUAUUGAGAAUUUUCAUGGCUCCAGAAUGUAUCGCACAGGAGAUUUGGUAAGAUUGAUGCCCGAUGAUACGAUAGAGAUUUUCGGCCGUUCAGACGAUCAAACCAAGAUUCGUGGUCAGCGUCUUGAACUAGGUGAAGUUUCCGAAGCAGUACGAGCUUUGUUACCAGAUGGAAGUAAUGUGUCUUCUCUCAUUACGAAACACCCAAAGCUUUCCAGGAUGCAAUUGAUUUCGUUCGUUGCUAGCAGGAAAGCUACUGAAAAGGAUGAGAAAGUUGAGAUGUUGGACUCUUUCGAGGAAAUAAACGUCAGCAUUCGUGCCGGCUGUAGAGAAAGACUCCCUGCUUACAUGGUUCCGGAUGUGGUUAUUCCAAUCAACUUCUUGCCCCUCGCUGCUAUGUCUGGCAAAGCAGAUGUGAAGCAACUCAAGUCUAUUUUUGCUUCAAUACCACUAAAUCAAUUGUUGUCUGCCGAGAAAGGACAAUUAGCUGGAACCAAAACUGUUACUGUCCGUGACUUGGACGAGCAAGAAAUUGCUGUGGUUGAGAUACUCAAGAGUGUGGUGCCGGCUACCUCGGCAGAGUUCAAACUCUCUACUAAUAUCUUCGAGAUUGGUGUGGAUAGCUUGGUAGCCAUCAGUCUUUCGACAUUGAUGAGAAAGGCUGGGUACACAUGCAGUGUUGCUGAUGUUCUUAGUAUCGGCACCGUUGAAGAAUUGGCAUUGUUACCACGUUCAGAUAAUACAUCUGAACAGACAGCUAAAAACAAGGAAAAUGCCCAGAAGAAACUUGCUCGUGCCGAAGCUGCGUUCAGAGAGAGCAUCAUGGGGAAAAAGUCCGGGAUGAACGUUGAAACUGUCCGACACUGCUUACCAGUUCAAGAAGCUGUUGUUGCUCGAUCUUUGAACAAGGACUCCGGUGCUUUAUAUAUUAAUCACAUCACCUUUGAGCUGGCUUCUGAUAUCGACAAGUCGAAAGUAAUUCAUGCCUGGAAAUCAUGCGCAACUGAUAACGAGAUUUUGAGGACCUGCUUCUGCCAAAUCAAUGAUGAUAUCUUGCAGGUUGUACUCAAAAAUGACUCUUUCGAUAUGCCAUGGGCAGAACAUGUCUACACCAAAUCUAGCAGACAUUGCACCCCGGCCAAGAUGCAAGAAGCAAUCUCUUUAGACAUCAUGCAAAAUAUUGAGAACACGCCACCAAUACGACUCAAUUUCUUCACAGAAGGAGCUUCGAAGUCCAUACUCCUGAUUUCCAUGCACCACGCACUCUACGAUGCCGAGUCUUUGACUAUCUUAAUGCAAGAUAUUUUAAUGCGCUAUCAAGGUAUGCCGGCACAUGAGCGACCUUCGGCAGGUGCGCUUGUCGAAUAUGUUGCUUCCCAAGACGAACUUGCCGCGAAGAAUUUUUGGGUGAAGAGAUUGGGAGACUACAGCUGCCCUCCUAUUCUCAGUGAGGAAGUUAAUGAAGACCACAUUGAAGCCCAGGUUUCCACAAGAAUUUUGAAGAGCAGUUUGAGAUCACUCGAAGCAUUUGCAUCCAGACUGCACGUUACACUUCCUUGUCUAACACAAGCUAUCUUCGGCCUUGCCAUGGCAAAAUUGCUUUCGAUCAACGACUUCGUGUUUGGUCUAGUUCUUUCCGGACGUACAGUACCUGUACCUAACAUCGAGAAACUUCUUGCUCCUACGAUAACUACUGUACCGCAACGAAUUGAUCUCCGCAAGAGUGAUGCGACUGUGCUGGAUAUCUUAACCUCGCUCCAGAAGUUUUCAGGUCAAAUGCUUCAAUUCCAACAUAGCUCCCCAAGAUCCAUUCACAAAUGGGUCGAAGCCGACCGUCCUCUUUUCAACUGCCUAUUUUCUUUCAUCAAGACGGGAGAAGAAGAGGCGGAUAAUGGACUGUGGAAAUUGCUCGAUAGUUACAUGCCCCCGGAUUAUCCAUUUGCUGUCGAAUUUGAAGCUAGGCAUCCAUCUAAUGAUCUUGUUAUUCGUGCUGGAUAUACCUCCGAGUUUGGCUCUACAUCUAAAGUCGACAACCUUCUAGAAAUGAUCGAGUUGCUUAUUGACACUAUAUCCAAGAGUGACGAUAUCUCAAUCAAGAGUCUUGGUAUUCAACCUAGUCUUAACUUCUCAUCGUCCUCCGAAGUAUUUGAUGAUGGUGAAGAAUUGCCCGACGAGCAGACCAUCAAGAUUGUCUUACUUGGGCUGGGCGACUUUGCAUCAGAUAAUGUCUCUAGAAAUAGCACUUUCUUUCGCCUUGGCAUCGACUCCGUCAUUGCAAUUCGUUUCGCUAAGGAAUUGAGAAGCGCCGGACUCGAAGUUUCAUCUUCGGAUAUUGGAAGGUACCCAAGCAUUGCAGCUUUAGCUCGAGCUAUUGCUAGCAAGAGCAAGAUCCAAUCUACUGUAAAGCCUAUUGAAGUCAAGACAUCGAGUUUGUUAGACCAACAUGGAGCGAGCAUCCCGUUGUUGACAGAGGAUGACAAGAUCACCGAUGUCUAUGCUUCUACACCUCUCCAAACUGGCAUCUUGACUCAAACAGUUGCGACUGGUGGAAAGCUUUAUCUUCAUCAUCCCGCUGUCAAGCUAUCUGCAAAUGUUGACAUCGAGCGUCUGAAGAAAGCAUGGGCUUCAGUGAUUGAAUCUCAUGAUAUUCUUCGAACCACGUUUCAUUAUUUCGAGGGAUCCGCCAAUCCAUGGUUGGCCGCUGUACAUGAGAAUCCAAACAUUCAAUGGGUGGAAGAGCAAGCAUCUGGAUGGAUAGACAAAAGCAUAGAGAAAAUUGUCGAAAAUACCAGUUUCCCCACUCCCGACUCUUUUUCCAGUACCCCACUCAAAGUAACAAUUUUACGCUCGUCUUUCAUGAAGGUACUAGUCAUUUCAAUUCAUCACAGUCUAUAUGAUGGGUGGUCUUUACCCCUCAUUUUCGAUUCUUUGUCAACAGCAUACUCACAAGGUAUUUCGAAACCCAUGACUCCUUUCUCUGAUGCUGCAAAACUCAUCAACGAGCGACAAGGAAAGAGUGUCGAGUUUUGGUUGAACAGACUGGACAAUUACCAAAGCAUUCCCAUACCUUCUUCCAUCAAUCCAACACAAACCACUUCGUUUGCCACAACAACCAUACAAAUGCCCGUUUCUGAGAUCCUUCAGCGCUGCCAAGAGAUGAACAUAAAUCUGCAAUCCGCUGCUCUACUUGCAUACGCCAAAACUCUCUUCUGUUUCGUAAAGCGCCGUGACAUCGUUUUCGGCCAUGUCGUCUCUGGACGUUCCCUGCCGCUUCCUGAUGUUGAAAAAGUCCUUGGUCCACUUUUCAACACCGUUCCUUUCCGCAUUGCGCUUGACAAUCCUUUACUUGGAAACCAGGACUAUGCUAGCCAAAUUCAAGAUGUGGUUGUCCAGGGACAGGAAAAUCAACACGCUUCUCUACCAACUAUUCAGAGGUUCUGGCGCCAGAAGAAUAUUUUCACAGACGGUGCUUUGUUAGAUGCAUUAUUCGUGUUUCAAAAGGUCGGAGAGAGAGAUGGGCAGCAAGGUGAGAAGCUCUGGACCUUGAUGGAUAUGGAAGAUAGUCGUGACACUACUGAGUAUGGAUUGAAUGUUGAGAUUGAGCAAGGAACGGAUAAGGUAAUCAUUAGUGCUGGUUCUCCUGCUGGGCGUAUCAAUACUGAGGAUCUUGGCUUGAUCUGUAGCACCUUUCGUCAUGCCUUGAGAGAUAUUCUUGAAAACCCCAAGAGAAGUGUUGUUGCUUAUCCUGAGCAGUUACACGAUUUACCACUCGAGAGCACACCUAAGAGCAAGACAGAAAUUUCAGAGGAUCAUAGCGAUGUCGCGAAUGCGCCCAUGCUUGAAGUUGUUCGUGCAGCUCUAGCGGAGGUGGCAAAUUUACCUACAGAAUCUGUGGCGUUACAAACUAGCAUCUUCUCCCUAGGUGUCGACUCAAUUGCUGCAAUUCGUGUAGCAUCUAUCUGCCGCAGACGUGAUGUACCGAUAAGCGUUGCCGAUAUCCUCCAAGGAAAUUCUCUUGGUGGUAUCGUCCGAAUUCUCGUUGCAAAGUCGAAAACCAACACUCAACAGCAAGAUGAGAGGAAAGAGCUUCUAUCUUCCGAAUCCAAAGCGAAUGCACUUUCAUUGCUCAAGUACCCCGAGCAUACAGUGGAGGAAAUCCUACCUGUGAUUGCAGGCCAGGAAUAUCAUCUGGCCAGUUGGCUUAAAUCUGGGAGAACUUUCUAUGAACCCACCUGGGCUUUCCAAGCUUGUGAGAAGAUUGAUGCGACUCGGUUGAGUACUGUGUGGAAGGAUCUUCAAUUAAGACAUCCAAUUUUAAGAACGGUAUUUACCGCUCCGACGUCUGAAUUCUCCUAUCAGAUUGUAUUGAAACCAGAGGUCAUUAACGAUGAAACAUUCACCAUUCUUCCAACCCAAUCAACAAAUGAAGAUCUGGUCUCGGCUGUCAAACGUCAAGUCUAUCACUGGGCUCAACAUCCCGCCACGCUUUUCACCCCACCCAUCAGCCUUUGUCUUGUACAGACCAAAGCAGCAGAUGCAGUGUUGUUCAAAAUUCAUCAUUCUUUAUACGAUGCGUGGAGUAUGACUGCUCUCAUCAAGGAAUUUUGUGCUCUUUAUACCCAACCUGAAUCAGUCUUGCCUGCCACACCCGAUUUUGUUUCGUUCGUCAAAUACACUUAUUCAUCCCUCUCAACACCAUCUGCACUCGCCGAGCAAAAGUCAUACUGGAAUUCUGCAUUGAGAUCUGCACAACGGACAAUUCUCACUCCGGUUACUGAGGACAAGGAAAAUGAACAAGACAUGACCCAAACAUUCGUCUGGAUCAAACGCGCCAUUCCCCAUCUCAGCAGUCUACACACUCUAGCCCGUGCAAAUGGUACAAGUGUCAAUACAAUUAUAAUGUUAGCAUUUUCGCGCGCUCUCGCAAGAAUAACGGGAACGACAAAUCCUACAUUUGGGUUCUUCCAGGUGGGACGCUCGAGUAGUUUUGAAGGUGCGGAAACGGUAUUGGCGCCAACGGUUAAUUUGCUGCCUGUUUCAAUUGCUGCUUCAGCAGGACGAGAGAAGCAAAUACUGGAAACUAUUCAGAGGGACAUGAGUAAGCGGGUGGCAUGGGAGCAAAGUCGCUUGAUGGAUGUGGUGACUUGGGCACGAGGUGUCGACACGGAAGAAGAGCUAGAACCGCUGUUUAAUGCAAGUUUGAACUUGCUUUUCCAUAAACCAGGCGAGGACUCCAUCAUUGCAAAGGAAUCUAAAGAGCUGUUGAAGCCGCUUAAUAUUGGUGUGCCGACGGACUUUGCACCAGACAGAAGGAUUGAGGGGGAGACAACGGUGCAGAAUAUAGAUACAAAGUACUUGGCAAAGAGAAAUUUGUUUGUAGAUGUUGGAGAAGGAGAUAAUGAUUGUGUGGAUUUUGGUGUUAAGGUUGAUAAGGUUCUUAUGGGAGAAGUUGAGGUGAAAAGCUUCGUGAAUGGGGUAGUGAGGGAGUUGGAAGAAAUUAGAGAGGCCUUGGCGAAUGGGGAGUAG